AUGGUUCUCAUAAUAAUUACAGGAGGGCAAGUCACCCCUGAGAUUGAAACACCACAUUCUGCAACAAUUCUUGAUGUGAAGAGGGGGAUUGAGCAGCGUUUGAGGGUUGAGGUGGAGAGGCAGACCCUGUGGCUAGACGAAAUAAUGCUGCAGGAUGAGGACACAGUUGGAAAUUACUUCCCCCAACGAUAUGGUGUUUUAAGACUCAGUGUGACACCUUUGCCUGGAGAACCAAAAUGCAUUAUUUGGGUGAAGUAUAAAGACGAACAUUUAGGAAUUGUGAGAAUUAGAGAAACAAUCAUGGUGGCUGAUCUGAGAGGCAAAAUUGAGAGGCGUUGGGGGAUUCUGAGUGGCGUCACUAUGUUCCAUCUUGAUACGGAAAUGAUCGAUGACCGUCCUCUUUCUGCAUAUUAUGUAACCGACAAUUCUGUAGUUGAAAUUAAAAUUGAGAUUGAAGCUCGUUAA